UCUCCGGCUCCCGGUGAAGUUGUAUCUUGAAGAUUCGGGUUUCGCCAUUGCGCAGCCCGUGGCGAUGAAGAGAUAUUCGAAAUGUUUGCUUUUCAGUGUGCUUAUCACGGCCUCGGUGCUGGGAAUCGUCACAGUGGAGGUGUUGCUGUUUGCUGACCUGGGUAACUCAUCAAUGAUUUGCGGCAAUGGAUGUGUGGGAAGGCAUAUCCGAACCUUGAUGAAAGGAGCCACAAAGAUUGCAGCGCAAGCUGCUGCAUCAGCUGGAAUCGACGUCAAAUUCCCUGUCAAAGCUGGAAGAGUUCUUGUAGCACCCGGUCUUGAUGUUCACCCAGCUACCUCUGCGUCUGCAGUAGCGCCGUCUGCCCCGAUAACGACUGUAACUAUCAGAGUUGCAACUGCACCACCAAGUACACGUACAACGUCUAGAAAGGCAACAACGACCGCAGCUCCCAAAACAGUUCCUCCAAGACUUUGUGCUGACGAUUCGUGUGCUCAGAAUAGCUGCUGCUGCGCUGUACAGAAAGUUCCCGACGUGCAACUCACGCCUGACCUGAACACAGUACCCGACGAAAAUGCACUGAUAACUCGUCUCAAGGUGACGGGCAUCAAGGAAGGCGGCUGGUGGCAGCCGCAUGGCUGUACUGUGGAGCAUUCGCUGGCCAUUGUCAUCCCAUUUCGUAACCGCGAAGCGCACUUGCUGAUCUUUCUCCAGCACAUUCACCCGUACCUGCAGAGACAGAAGUUGGCGCACACAAUCUACGUUGUUGAUCAAGUUGACAAGCUGCCGUUCAACCGGGCAAUGUUAUUCAACGUCGGGUAUCGCGAAGCUAUGGCCGAGCGCAAUUACACAUGUUUAUCAUUUCACGACGUUGACAACAUACCUGUGGAUCCGAUGCUGAGCUAUCGUUGUGGACCACAGCCACAGCACAUGGCAGCGAGGACAGACAAAUGGAAAUGGGGCUUGCCGUAUGCUGCAUUUACUGGUGGCGUUAGCAAACAGUCACCCGGCCAGGUAGAGAAGAUGAACGGAUUUGCAAAUCGCUUUUGGGGCUGGGGCGGCGAAGACGAUGACAUCCUGCAACGUUGGAAAGUAGCCGGAUACAACUUUACCCGUCCGCCCUCUCCCGACGGUCGCUUUGCUACAGUAAAGCGCGACCACUUCCAGUCGUCUGAACCUAAUCCGCAAAGUUUCAAGUUGCUGCAAACCAGUGGGGCAAGAAUGCGUUCGGACGGCUUGAAUAAUCUGAAGUAUAAAUUAGUGGGAAAGAAAAAGCAUGCUCUCUACACUCGCCUGCGUGUUGAGCUGAGGAGGUAG